GUAUGAAAGAAUCAUAUACAGAUGAUUAUUUUAAUUAACAGCAUGAUUUCAUAAUGAAUAUGAAAGACUGUUCUUUUAAUCUGAAGUUUACUGUCUAUUUACGUUUAUCGGUUUAUGUAAUGUGAGUGUUCUUUUUAGAAAAUGUCACUCCUAUUUUUGGUUAAGAUCCAUUUAAUCAAAAUGGCGGUAUAUUAAAAAGUCUGCGCUGUUUCUGUAUAAGGGCUGUAAACGUGUAUUUCCUAAUUAGCCUAAUAAUAAUAAUACGUUGUCAAAAAUAACACCAAGAUGAGUAACAUUUAUAUACAGGAACCUCCGACGAAUGGAAAGAUUUUAUUAAAGACAACAGCUGGUGAUAUUGAUGUUGAGUUAUGGUCAAAAGAGGCACCGAAAGCAUGUCGGAAUUUUAUUCAACUAUGUAUGGAAGGUUAUUACAACAACACCAUAUUCCAUCGGGUUGUACCAGAUUUCAUUGUGCAGGGUGGAGACCCUACUGGAACUGGAAGUGGAGGAGAGUCCGUCUAUGGCCAGCCCUUCAAGGAUGAAUUUCAUUCCAGGCUGCGUUUCAACAGAAGAGGAUUAGUUGCCAUGGCAAAUGCAGGACCCCAUGAUAAUGGAAGUCAGUUUUUUUUUACACUAGGACGUGCAGAUGAACUUAACAAUAAACACACCAUAUUUGGAAAGGUCACUGGGGAUACGGUUUACAAUUUGUUGAGAUUAGCAGACGUGGAAACUGAUAAAGAUGAAAGGCCCCUAAACCCUCACAAAAUACGUUCUACAGAGGUAUUAUACAGUCCAUUUGAUGAUAUUGUUCCUCGGGAAAUUAAAAGGAGCAAUAAAGAAAAAGAAAAAGAAGAUGGAAAGAAAUUCAGUUCCAAGGCCACAAAGAACUUUAGUUUACUUUCCUUUGGCGAAGAGGCUGAAGAGGAAGAAGAAGAAGUCAGUAAGAUAAGUCAGGGUUUGAAAGGGAAGAGCAAAAGCAGUCACGAUUUGUUAAAGGAUGAUCCAAGGCUAAGCUCAGUUCCUGCUGUUAGGAGUGAUAUGUCUAAGGAAGGAAGUUGGGAAUCAUUUGAGGCAGAGAAGGAAGAUAUUCCAGGAGAUAAUGAUAAUGAUACUGAUGAACAGGAACAGCUGAGGGCUAUGCUGGCCAAAAAACUAAAGAAAGACAGAAGUGACAACGUUACUAAAGAAACUAGUAAUGAUAUGUAUAACGAAAAGAAGAGUAGCCGCAGUGAAGAACUGAGAAAAGAGGCACGUCAGCUAAAAAGGGAACUUUUGGCAGCAAAACAGAGGAAAGAAGAGACUGUUACAAACUUGGAAAAAAAGGAAACUGAAACUAAAGCUUCCAACCCUGCAGUUUCAGAAUAUUUGGAGGAAAGAAAAAAGUACACUGAAAUACGAAAACGAAAGCAAAAAGGAUCCAGUCGGGAGGAGCAGACACUUGCACUUUUAGACCGUUUUAAGAAUAAACUUUCAAGUGCUAUCACUGAAGCUCCAGAAAAGGAUGCUGAAGAACUGGUAAACGAUGAUGAUGACAAGGGAUGGAUGUCCCACGUUCUUCAUUUUGAUGAUCAAACCAGAAAAGUAAAAGAUGCAAAUGUGCAAGAUGAAGAUACAUUUGAAAUCUAUGACCCACGUAACCCAGUAAACAAAAGGCGCAGAGAAGAGAGCAAGAAGAAAAUGAGAGAGAAGAGAGAGCGGCAGUGAGCUAAAGCUAUACAUGUGUAGGAGCGCAGCAACCAUUAGCUGUGGCUUUGAUUAUAUUUGCCUGCAAUUGUCCAUCUAUUGUUUGUGCAAAUUAUCUGGAGCUUUUUUGUGGACUAAAGAAACAAAAAUGAUGCAGACCUCAGCUCUCUUAGAAGUUUAUACUUUUAAUUAAAUAGCCUCAAGACUUCAUAGAUCUUCCUGACAUCAAGCCAAAGGUUUGUUGGUUCUUAUUGACUGAAACAGCCCCCAGGGCCAAACUUCAACGGAACUUACAUUUUAGAGUAGGUUCUUUCUUAGAAAUUUCUUUGUGGCCAGACUGCAUUUAUUUUAAUUUAUUUAAUGCUGUGUCCUAAAAUGACUGGAUUCUGUAGAACAAGAUAUGUAUUUUCUUAAAUUGAGUAGCAGUAAACUAAUUUAGAUUUUUUUGGCAUAGGAUAAUUAAGGUUUAUCCAUGUUAGUAAUGGGAGAAGACUUUGAUUUACAGGUACAUUUUAUAUAUGUCUAAAUAUUUUUCAACAUUUUAAUGUUUUUUGUACAUCUUCAACCUCUGGUCUGGUCAUAUUUCUGAGUUAAAUGGUCAAAUGCAUUUAGUUUAAUUGGACAUGAGAAACCCUUUAGUGAUUAGAAAAUGUAAAAUUAAUUGAAAACAUUUUAAAACUAUACAAAAUGAUUUAACAAAUGAAGAUUUCCAAUAAAAAUGUCAUUUUGAAUGUCUUUAAUUACUAUUACUUAGGCAUAUUGAAAAUAUUACAGAUACUACAGCACUGACUACAGAGUUGGCACUCACAAUAGUCUCUGGAACUUUGUGACAUGGUAUUAGAAUUUUUAGUUUGAAAAAUGUUGGGAAAAUAUGGAAUACUCUCUUAGAGGUUUUUUUUUACUAAUUAACUAUUCUAGGUAAUUUCGACAAUCCAUUAGCUUUAAAACCUUGAAACAAUUUAACACUAAUGAAUCAUAUGGUGUUAUGCCAACAUUACAAUGCAGCACAUUCUUUUAAAAACAGCAAGCAUAAUGCAUGAAUACCAAAGUAAUUUUACCUGGAAGAUGCACAGUAGUAUCUCUUAAUGUUUGCAAACUGCAAUUUUGUCGGCAGCUGGAAAAUGCAAUUAUAGUUGUGUGAUAUGCAAAGUACAACUUAUGUAGCAUGUUUUCUUUCAACUUGAAUCCAAAAUGUAUACUGACCUUUGUUUUUGUCUGAUGGUAAAGGGUCCUUCAUAUAUUCACUAUUGUUGUUUCAAAAUAAUGAAGACUCAAAGCUUUUUUUAGCACAAAAUACUUCAGUUCUCUUAACAUACAUUUUUUAAAUCACAGAGAAUACACCCAUUACAAAUGAGCAUACAUUUAAUGUACAAUAGUAAUAAUAUGCAAAUAAUGUUCAAUAAUUUCAAAAAUGGGGUGAUAGAAUUGUGAACUGAGUGAUGCUACUGUAUUACAGCUCCAGGGUCCUUUGCUUAAAUCACAGCCCAUGCACUGCUAGUAUGGAGUUAAUACAGUUUUCAUCACACAUUCCAAAGACAUGUUAAUAUUUUGACAACUCUAAAUUUGGGCAAUGUAAAUUACUGUGUUUCUAACUGUGAGUGUGCCUUGUAAUGUAUUGACGCCAUAGUCAAGAUUGGAUUCUGCCUUGUGUCCAAUGCUGCUGGAACAGACCCUGAAUCCCAGCACUAAAUAAAUACAUUUGAAAAUGGAAUGAUAUUUCCUGAAAUGACUGCAUAGAAAUUCAUGUAACAAAAGUUCUCCUUCACAACUAGAACAGUAGUUAUAUUGAGGCAAAUAUGUUAUCUAUUGGGAACAUUAAGCUUAGAAAUGUGUUAAAUGCACACAAAAACUGAUAAGGGUUGCUGAUUUUUUUUUUUAGAUGAAAUUCAUCCGAUUCUGUCGAAAAAAAAUUGUAAUCUAAUCCAUUGCUUAAUGAUGCCAUGACUGUGUGGGGCACUAAAGAAGCCAAUACGUAAUUCUUUUGUUAGAUUUUUCAUUCUUCUAAGUAAUAGGUUUUUAAUACAGUAAGUACUUAUCGCAUUGACUUUCCAUUGUCUUUUAGGCAGGGUACCUUUUUCCAAAAUACUCUCUGCUAAUGUAACAGAGCUCUUACUCUUGCAGCUACAGGGUGAGCAGAUUUUGGCGAACCUUGACAGUGCAAAAUUUCAUAUCUUUGCAUAUUCCUGCACUAUGUUUUACAAAUAUUAUGACAUGUACUAAUAUUAAGUGUUUCAUUACCUAAGUGAUUUGUCUUUCACAUCACUAUGGAGGAAAUUUGGUCAAUUCACCCAUUGCAAGCUGCUUCCAUUUAGAAACUUUUUCUUUGUUUUUGCAUCAUCUGUUGUCCAACAUUUCCAUUUACUCUUUGAAUUCCAAUAGACUGUUCCACAUUAUUUCUUCUCACUUCUCAAAGUAAUAUUCAUGUUUUCAUGACAGACCAAAAUAUUUUAAUGUGUGAAAUACCACGUAUAAAAAUUCCUAUUCCUUAAGUUUUGAAGAACUAGCAGCACUUCAGCUAACUUGAGAUUCCAUGCUGUUCUUCAAGAUGAAUGUUUUUUGCCUGCUACACUCUGGUAAAUCCCUUUUUUGAAUAGCACUCUUUUGAAUCUUAUUAUGGGUGUCAGACCUAAAUGAUUUAAAGCUACUCAACAGCCAUUCUGAGGCAGGCUUGGUUUUGUACCAUAUCAUCUGUAUUUCAAGGCUACAAUAAAUAUCUGACUAUGGCAUUGUAGUACCUUGGAACAUUACUCACAGACCCUGAGUGGCACAAAAUUAUUGUUAUGGUGCUUUUCAGGAAUAUCUUUUAAAAUCUGAAUGAUGAAAAUCUACCUUAGCUGAAGAUUAUGAUAUUAUAGGAUAUUUUUGGCAUUCAUAUAGGCCAAGGAUGAACCUAUUUAUGUCUGUUUAAUAACGAAUUCACGUAUCAGACCCUGGCUGGAUAGAAUACACUCUGGUAAGUAGUUUUUCACAGUUUGGUUAUUGGUAAUGAUGAUUGGAUUUGAUAAAAAAAAAUGAACAUCUGAUAACAUUCAAUAUGAAAAGAAAAAUCAGCCAUUAUGGAAAGUCAAAAGGGGUACUUUUUUAUUGAAUUGUAUUACCUUACACUGUUCCCACAGAUUUACCAUGUCUUUCCAAACAAGUCAGUUUGAAAUAGCUGGAUUGAGGAAAAGUUAUUUAAAAUGUUGUCAACUUUGUUUAAAGAGCCCAGAAAGGUUUACUGGCAGGGGUACCCUUUAGGAAAGGUUUGGAGUGUGUCCUUGUUGAAAAGAUGUUACAUUCUCUGCGAGCAAUAGAGGACAGUAUUUAAAAGCAUUGACUAGUUCUCUGCGAAAUAGAAGAAUACUAUCUGACAUAUAAAGAAUACCCUGGAAUCAUAUUCUCAAUGAACCUAAUAUUAGUUGAAGGGUUUUGAAUGUCAAUAAAUAGUUUAAUUGGAAAAGUCUGAUAAUUGAUAACAUAUCAGUUAGUUAUAUUUUACAUGUCUUAUGAUAUGUAUUAUUGUAUGGGUAGCGUGCCUAACAGGUGCUUGAAGGAAUAUCUGUGGCCACUGGAAUUUUUGGUCCCAGCGAUUUCAAAUUGCAUUCUUAACCCUUGAACUCAUAACCAGGAUGCAGCUGGAAAUAGUACCUUGCUGAUUCUUAAAACCUAUUUCUGGUUUGACUACACCUGGGAAUUGAUUUUGCGUUCCGGGACAUUUGAACAGAUAACAAUGCUCAAUACUGUAUUUUUUAAAUUAUUUACAAGAUGUAAACUAAUGAAGACUGGCAUGCUAGCCUCUCAUUUAUAUCUGCCUGUAUGUUAUUGUGUAAAUCAUGCUAUAUGAGUUUGACAGUAGCACGUCAGGAACAAAGUCCUCUGGAUUUCUCUCUAUUAUCUGCUCUUUCUUACAUAUUCUAAACAAAUUAUUUUAUUCAUUAUCUUGGACAAUAUUAACAUGACUAACUGAUGGAUGAAGAACUAUUAUACAUGCAUAUGAUUUGUGCGUAUACAGUGUGCAGUCAAAGUCCAUUGGUUUAUCUACCGAACAUGUGUACACAUUAAUUAAAAAGUAAUUGUAUGACAAAUUCA